GGGUUGGAGGGACGGACUUUAGGUGACCCGGGCAGAAAACCUAGGGUCCAGUUCCUUUGUUGGAGCGUGCCCGCGGGUCUUUGGUCUGCACGGGAGCGGCUGCGGCCUUCCAGUGCAUAGAUCUCGGGUACGGCUUUUCAUCCAUCGGCGGCAAAAGCUGAGACUCGGUGAUUUCUCGUUGCUGACUCCGGUGUUCAGGAGGCAUGCCUAGAACUCCCGACCGCAGAGCUCUAGGGGCAGUUGCGUGACCUGACUCGGGUUUGGAUCCUGGCGCUAGAGGACAGGCUGCGAUGGAUGAAUGAGAGGGAAUCCCCACACGGAAACAGUGCUGGAAAGAGUCAUACUGGGGCUGCAGCUGGAGGGUCAAGAUGCUGUCAAGACCAAAGCCGGGGGAGUCCGAGGUGGACCUGCUGCGCUUCCAGAGUCAAUUUCUCGCAGCUGGUGCAACCCCAGCGGUACAAUUGGUGAAGAAAGGAAAUAGGAGAGGUGGCGAUGCUAACCCAGAAGAGGCUCUGCUGCAGGACCAUCGGGAUGUGGUGAUGCUGGACAAUCUCCCAGAUUUGCCCCCCACUUUGGUUCCUGCUCCCCCGAAGAAAGCUAGGCCCAACCCUGGCUACCCUCUGCCUGAAGAUGAGGACCCAGAAGAGAGGCUGAACAGACACGAUCAACACAUCACUGCUGUCUUGACUAAGAUUAUUGAACGAGAUACAAGUUCAGUGGCCGUGAAUCUGCCUGUGCCCAGUGGUGUUGCUUUCCCGCCUGUAUUCCAUCGCUCACAGGAGAGACAGGGGAAGUCAGGAACAUCUGGUAAGAGAAGCAUCUUUGCCCAGGAAAUUGCAGCAAGGAAACUGUCUGAAGCCAGGGUGCCAUCCGUUGAGGAAGUUGUGUCCAACGUGGUCCCACCAGAGGAUGCUGUGACCUGUGAGGCACCCGCUCCUAGAGACCAGGGCUACCAGCUUCCAGGGAGCAGCCACAACUUCCAGGGCCCCAGUUUGGUCACCGGGAAGGGGCUCAGAGGCCAGGAGGCUCAGCAGGAAGCCCAGACCAUCCAUGAAGAGAAUGUAGCGAGAUUGCAGGCCAUGGCUCCUGAGGAGAUACUACAGGAACAGCAGCGGUUGCUGGCCCAGCUUGACCCCAGCUUGGUUGCCUUCUUGAGAUCUCACAGCCAUAUCCAAGAACAAGCAGGAAAGAAGGCCACCGAGGAGCAGAGGCUGGGAGGAUCCUCUGUUCAUGUCACCAAAGAGGAGCCCCUCAUGUCAACUUCUGCCAGUGAGUCCAGGAAGGGAGACAAGCUGGAGCCAGGAGCCCCAGCGCUUGCACUGCCUGUGACCCCCCAGAAGGAAUGGCUGCACAUGGACACUGUCGAAAUGGAAAAGCUCCAUUGGACCCAGGACCUGCCCCCACUCCGGCGGCAGCAGACACAGGAGAGGAUGCAGGCCCGAUUCAGUCUACAGGGAGAGCUACUGUCUCCUGAUGUGGACCUACCCACCCACCUGGGCUUGCACCACCAUGGCGAGGAGGCAGAGAGAGCAGGGUACUCCCUACAGGAGCUGUUCCACCUGACCCGCAGCCAGGUGUCCCAGCAGAGAGCACUAGCACUGCAUGUGUUGGCCCAUGUCAUCAGCAGGGCCCAGGCUGGUGAGUUUGGGGACCGGCUCGUGGGCAGUGUCUUGCACCUCCUUUUGGACGCUGGUUUCCUCUUCCUGCUGCGCUUCUCCCUGGAUGACAGAGUGGAUGGGGUCAUCGCAGCUGCCAUCCGGGCUCUUCGGGCUCUGCUGGUGGCUCCUGGAGAUGAGGAGCUCCUCGACAGCACCUUCUCUUGGUACCAUGGAGCUUUGAUGUUCCCUCUGAUGCCUAGCCAGGAGGACAAGGAGGAAGAGGAUGAGGAUGAAGAACCCCCAGCAGAAAAGGCUAAAAGGAAGAGCCCCGAGGAAGGAAGCCGGCCUGCACCUGACCUGGCCCGACAUGAUGUCAUCAAGGGGCUCCUGGCUACCAACCUGCUGCCUCGGCUGCGCUUUGUGCUAGAGGUCACCUGCCCAGGACCUGCUGUGGUCCUUGACAUCCUGGCCGUGCUCAUCCGCCUGGCCCGGCAUUCCCUGGAGUCAGCCACCAGGGUCCUGGAGUGCCCUCGGCUGAUAGAGACCAUAGUUGGAGAGUUCUUGCCCACCAGCUGGUCCCCCAUGGGGAUAGGGCCUACCCCCAGUCUGCACAAAGUACCCUGUGCUACUGCCAUGAAACUACUUCGUGUCCUGGCCUCGGCUGGUAGGAAUAUUGCUGCCCGGCUGUUGAGCAGCUUUGACCUCCGGAGCCGCCUGUGUCGCUUCAUAGCUGAGGCUCCCCAAGAACUGGCCUUGCCCCCAGAGGAAGCUGAGACGCUGAGCACUGAGGCCCUCCGUCUGUGGGCUGUGGCCUCCUCCUAUGGCCAGGGCGGUGACCUUUACAGGGAGCUCUACCCAGUGCUGAUGCGGGCCUUGCAGGCCGUGCCACAGGAGCUCAGCACCCACCCGCCUCAGCCCCUGUCCGUGCGACGGAUAGCCUCAUUGCUCACUCUCCUCACCCAGCUGACCCUGGCCGCCGGUAGCACCUGCCCCAAACCCAUCAGUGACUCUGCUGAGGCCAGCCUAUCGGCCACCCCCUCGUUGAUCACUUGGACGCAGGUGUCUGGGCUCCAGCCUCUUGUGGAGCCAUGUCUAAGGCAGACCUUGAAGUUACUGCCCAGAUCUGAGAUGUGGAGUGCCCUGAGCCCAGUGCCCACCGCCUGCCUAUUGUUCCUGAGCACCUACUAUGAGGUCUGGAGCCAGCAACCAAGCUUGUGCCCAGAGGAUUGGCUUCAGGACAUGGAGCGCUUGUCGGAGGAGCUGUUGCUGCCACUGCUGAGUCAGCCCACUCUGGGCAGCCUGUGGGAGUCCCUUAGGCACUGCUCCCCUCUCUGCAACCCGCUGUCCUGUGCUCUGGCCCCUGAAGCUCCCCCUAGCAUUGUGUCACUGGGCUGUGCAGGAGGCUGCCCCACUCUGAGUCUGGCUGGCUCAGCCUCACCCUUCCCAUUCCUCACUGCCCUCCUCUCACUUUGCAACACCCUGGCCCGGAUCCACAAGGGGCUGUGUGGCCAGCUGGCAGUCAUAUUGGCUGCCCCUGGACUCCAGAACUACUUCCUCCAGUGUGUGGCUCCUGGGGCUGCCCCACAACUCACACCCUUCUCUGUGUGGGCCCUGCACCACGAGUACCACCUACAGUACCUGGCCCUCGCCCUGGCCCAGAAAACGGCAACUGUCCAGCCACUGCCUGCCGCCAGUGCUGCCCUCUAUCAUGGUAUGGCCUUGUCCCUGCUGAGCCGGCUGCUGCCCGGAAGCGAGUACCUCGCCCACGAAUUGCUCUUGAGCUGUGUGUUCCGGCUGGAGUUCCUCCCAGAAAGAACAUCAGGGGGUCCAGAGGCAGCCGAUUUCUCUGACCAACUCUCCUUAGGGAGCAGCAGGGAGCCUUGGUGUGGACGAGGGGCCCUACUAGCUCAGGCCUGCCGGGACCUCCCCAGCAUCCGCAGCUGCUACCUGAGCCACUGCUCGCCAGCCCGAGCCAGCCUGCUGGCCUCCCAGGCUUUGCACCGAGGGGAGCUACCGCAAGUCCCAACCCUGCUGCUGCCUGUGCCUAAGGAGCCAUUGCUGCCCACCGACUGGCCCUUCCUGCCACUGAUUCAUCUCUACCACCGGGCUUCAGAUACCCCCUCGGGGCUCCCUCCCACUGACACUGUGGGGACAGCCAUGCGGGUCCUGCAGUGGGUGCUAGUUCUGGAGAGCUGGCGCCCCCAGGCCCUCUGGGCUGUGCCUCCUGCUGCCCGCCUGGCACGGCUCAUGUGUGUGUUCCUGGUGGACAGUGACCUGUUCCGGGAGUCCCCAAUACAGCAUCUGGUGGCAGCCCUCCUAUCCCAGCUCUGUCAGCCUCAAGUCCUGCCAAGCCUCAACCUGGACAGUCCACUUCCUGGCCUGACAUCUUUCCCUGACCUCUAUGGCAACUUCCUGGAUCAUUUCGAGGCUGUCUCUUUUGGGGACCACCUCUUUGGGGCUCUGGUCCUUCUUCCCCUGCAGCGUCGGUUCAGUGUCAUCUUGCGCCUUGCCCUAUUUGGGGAACACGUGGGAGCCUUGCGAUCUCUGAGCCUGCCUCUCACCCAGUUGCCUGUGUCCCUGGAGUGCUACACGGGGCCUCCUGAAGACAACCUGGACCUCCUUCAGCUCUAUUUCCGGGCCCUGGUUACUGGAGCACUCCGUCCACGUUGGUGCCCUGUGCUCUAUGCUGUGGCUGUGGCUCAUGUAAAUAGCUUCAUCUUCUCCCAGGACCCAAAGAGCUCAGAUGAGGUAAAGGUGGCCCGCAGGCAUAUGCUGCAGAAAACUUGGCUGCUGGCAGAUGAGGGUCUCCGGCAGCAUCUCCUCCACUAUAAGCUUCCCAAUUCUACCCUCCCAGAGGGCUUUGAGCUGUACUGUCAGUUGCCCCCUCUGCGUCAGCAGUACCUCCAGAGACUGACCUUAACGAUGCUCCAAAAUGGGGUAUCAGAGAUCUAGUGUAGUUGCUACGUUCUCCUGUAUCCAUCUCACCAACAGACGCCUGGCCAGACAGAAGAGUAUUAUGUCCUAAGGGCAGGCAGGAGACAAAGGAGCAGAAUGCUUACCCUCCUGGGAGCAGGUAGUUGGAGCUCUUUUGGAGCAGAAUGAACCCUAGCAUUACAUCCUGAUAUCUGGAGCUCAGGAUCUGGGGCUUUUGAGGGCCUGAGCUGGGAGUGACAAGUGACUUACCUAUUUACCCUCUCUUUGGGAACAGGACAAUCUAAGUACACCUCUCCUUACCUACUCCCAGCCCCUGCCCUCGGCUGAAGUAUAUGAAUGCUAUAGCUGUGCAUUGAAAUAAAAAUUUUUUAAAUCUA